GCCCCCAUGCAGCCCCCGGGCCUCGAGGGGCUCCUGGCUCCCGGCGGCUUCGCAGGCGGCCAGGGCAGGGGGCUGCUGCCUCCUCCUCCUCCUCCUCCUCCUCCUCCCCCGGCCCUCGCCGGGCCUUCGCCUCCCCCCGGGAUGAACCCCGGGUACCCCCCGGAGGCGCCGCCCGAGCCCCCCAAAGCUCCGCCGCCCCCGCCGGGCCCCGCGGCCUCGGCGCCGCUGCCCUACGGAUACUUCGGCAGCGGGUACUACUCGUGCCGCGUCGCCCGCAGCUCCCUGAAAGCCGGCCCGGCUCAGGGGCCUUUCCCCGCCGAGAAAUACCUGGAACCCGCCGCGGGCAGCGAGGAUUUCCAGAGCCGGCCCGCGGAGUUCGCUUUCUACCCCGGCUACGGCGCCCCGUACCAGUCCGUGGCCGGGUACCUGGACGUGUCGGUGGUGCCCGGGCUGGGCGCUCCCGGCGAGGCCCGGCACGAGACUCUGCUGCCCGUGGAUGGCUACCACCAGCCCUGGGCGCUGGGAGGAGGCUGGAGCGGCCAGAUGUGCUGCCCCAAGGAGCAGGGCCAGGCCGGCUACCUCCUGAAAUCCGCCUUCGCAGAGUCGGGCGGGCAGUGUCCCCCGGACGGCUGCGCCUUCCGCCGGGGCCGCAAGAAGCGGGUGCCCUACAGCAAGGGGCAGCUGAAGGAGCUGGAGAAGGAGUACGCGAGCAGCAAAUUCAUCACCCGCGACAAGAGGAGGAAGAUCUCGGCCGCCACCAACCUGACCGAGCGCCAAAUCACCAUCUGGUUCCAGAACCGCCGCGUCAAGGAGAAAAAAGUCGUGGCCAAAAUCAAGAGCAGCACCAGCGGCACCCCCUGAGGGCCCCGUUUGUCCCCGGGGAGGGCGGGACACCGGGACCCUCCCCCCCCCCCAAAGGAGGGGACAUCGCCAGC